UUGGGUUGUAACGCUUUGAGUUAAUCAAAUUUUUAAGGUGAAUGAUUGAGCAGCUUGAACUCUGGUUUUCAAUCAGAUUUUUCAUGAGAGCAAACUUAAGGUACCUGUAGCUCUUAAAAUGAUAAAACAAGGGUUUCAGAGCAUGAGACCAAGGCUUUACUAACCAGUCUCUCGCUUCUACCCAAUGAUGAUCGCUCCAUUCAUGCCAUUUGUGUUUAUCACAUUGCGCUUGUGUUGGGCCAGCAUGUGUUCCUUCCUCCAUGGGCCAGCCAUUGGCCUAGCUUGCUCCAUAUCUCAGUUCAACCAUUUUCGGAAGCAGGGGGAUUUCCAAGAUGUUGCAAUCUAUCACAGCCACAUAGCACGGCACAUACAGCAGUCACACAAUAAAGAUGGUUGCCCAAUCUAAACAAGAUGCCCCUCCCCGCCUCCGAAAAUGGUCGAACCAUUUGAAUUCCAAAGUGAGGCUCAUGAGACUUGUAAGCAACUGAUCUGGUGUCAGCAGCACAUUUGAAUAUAGACAGAAGGGGAUAUGAUUUACAUCCGUUCGGAGGUGGAGUUGAUCAGUAGAUGACUUGCUGAACCAGUUGAUUGGAUCAAGGCGUAUUCGACAUCGCUAGUGGAUUCUAGCUAUUUCUACCAUGAAGAAGACAAAAGAAGGAUCGGGGAAACACUGUGUGGUGACUGGCUGCACCAAUAACAGCAGAAAGCUUCGAAAGUGGAGGCUUUCGGCGUGUGAAAUACACCCACCUUUUAUUCACGACGAGUGUCCGUGUCUGCUGCCCUACCAGAUGCACCGAUUUCCAUUCGGGGCUUCCAGCCUUUCUGCCGUUAAACUGGAGCAAUGGUUGAAAAAUAUCAACCGGAAAGACUUCAAACCAACCCUCCACAGCCGAGUAUGUUCUAUGCACUUCCCUGAUGGAAGACCAACAGCCCAAAACCCGUAUCCAGUAUUGCACAUGAAGCAUGAUGUACAUGUUACACCCUCCGCAAAGGUCAGUGCAGCCACCGAUACCAAAUCCCUAAGCUCAGUAUAUGCUACCGGUACAACUGUGAACUUUGCCCACAGUCAGGUGGCAGCUGCCCUCGCACCAACUGUGGAACUCGCGCAGAGAGCUGUUACUGUCAUUCUCAAACAGACUGCAUCAAAGACAGAGAGGUCAUUGCCCGAAAAUAGAGACAAGAGCAAGCAUACACCAUCAAGUUACAGUUAUGAUGGUGCUUGUACGUCAUUGGCUAAAUCACAAGGCCUUCAAGCUGUGCACUGUGACCACAAUUAUGUCGACCACCGAACUAUGGAGGAGAAAUUGAAUGAUGCUGACCAGAGAAUUCGCCAUCUCGAAGGUGUGUUGGAGGUGCAGCAGAUGACGAGAUUUGGCACUGAGCGCAUCACCUCUGAUCCCCAGCUGUUGAAGUUCUACACCGGCUUCCCAGACUGUGAGACCUUCAUGGCUGCUUUCAAGACCUUGGAACCAACAGCAGAUAUGGUGAUGAGAUGGAGACAAGCAGGAGUAAGCGACGGAUGCCAGGGGGGACGUCAACCAGAUGUUUUCAAGAACGAGAGCCUCCCACUCUUGGACCAGUUUUUUCUGUUCCUGUGCCGGGUUAAGGUGGGGCUGUUUGAGCAGGACUUGGCAGUGCGGUUUAACAUUUCCUUAUCAACAGUGAGCCGGAUUGCUGUCGCCUGGGCCCAUUUCUUGUAUUUUGCACUGCGCUCGCUCCCGAUUUGGCCAACUCAGAGGGCUGUCAGACUGCACAUGCCCAUGUGUAUCAGGAUGACGUACCCCAACACAAGAGUCAUUCUGGAGUGCGCCGAGGUCAAAGUCCAGGGUUUGCCGUGUCCGAUGGGCGCACCCUUAGAGCCCUCCCCGAAUGACAAAGAUCUCACCACUGCCAAGGGGCUUGUUGGAAUCACACCGUGUGGUGCCGUCUCUUUUGUCAGUGAUCUCUACACUGGAAGUACAUCGGACAAAGCAAUUACCAAGAUGUCGGGCAUACUGGAGAACCUUGAAGGAGGGGACCAGGUUCUGAUGGCUACAAGUUUCCCCAUUGACGACGUGCUGCAAAACAUUGGAUGCAGCCUUGUCGUACCACCUUUCCAUCGAAAGCAGUACCACCUAGAUUCACUCAAAGUCAGUCCGGCAGUCCAGAUGGCCAGGCUUCAAACCCACCUUGCACAGGCUAUUCAGAGAGUGAAGGAAUUCCACAUACUCGACAGUGUGAUUCCAUCCAGUUUGGCAGGUAGUGCCAACCAGCUGUGGACAGUGUGCUGUCUUCUGACAAAUUUCAAGAGGCCGCUUUUGUAAAUCUGCUUGCCUCAUUGACUGACACAGCUCGAGAAUUCGGACAACUUCCGAAUAGGGUGACAUUCUUUAUCAGGUCCUGUUAUUGUCUGAAGUGGGAAGUGGGGCCACAGAUUUGUUGAUUUUUCCAUACAAGAUUUUUAGAGCUUUUUGAAAAGUUCUCUCGAACUUUCAGGGAACUUGUGUUUACACACAAAGACACAAAAUAUUCAUAAUUCUGCCACAAUCUCAGGAAACUUUGGUAUCAACAAUGAGGGCAUUUACAGAGGCACGUGUAGGAUGUAUCAACUUUCUGGAAGGGAAAGCAGGUUUAGAAUUUUCUUUGAUGGAGGGGAGUGAUGCAGGUUUUACCCCCACACAAACACACACAACUCCACCGCCUGCUUCCACAGCCACUGCCCCCUCCCUCCCAUUUAGUCCAGGAAGUGCCAUACUUGAGAGUGAUGUAAACUGUGUAAUACUUAGUUUUCCUGUUUCACACAAUAGCUGUACUUGGCUGUGUAUCAAGGACAGAUCGUUGUCAUAAGUAGGUUGCAAGUCAUUAUGGAAGUCUUCAUGAGUCAGUUGCAAGUCAUGACAAGUUACAUCCAUUGGCAGAUGCAGGGAGUACAAACUAACCCACAGCCUUUGCUCAUAAAAGAGGCAUUUUGGUUUUUUUGUGUUUUGUUUUGUUUUGUUUUGUAUGUGGCUUUUUGAGAAUUCAGAGAUGGCAAUAUUUUUAGACUGUUUUAUUUCCCCUUCAAAAUUUAACACCAAAUUUGAAGCACCUUAGAAAGCCCAUAGAGGGUAAUUGCAAAGUACCCGCCCAAAAAACAGAAACAUUCUGCAUUUUCCUCCUUGCUAUGUCAAGUCAUUUGGAAGUCAUCAUCCAAGUGAGGAUGCAGGAUGGUUACUGCUCACCCCUGGCUACUUGUGACCUAACUUGACUUUAUUGUAACCUGACUGUCAAAAAGUCUGGUCGCACGAUCACUAUACUCAAAUGCACCCCCACCCUUAUUAUUUGCAGAAGCAGUAGGUUGAGUUUUACAAAAAAUAUAACGUAAUCGAGACUGCCACAAGACCAGUGGCAAGUCACAGGAAAAGCAGUAGCGGAGGAACAUUUUUUUGCCAUUCAUUUGUAUAGCCAGCCUCAUGACAACAACAGGGAGGUGUCAUUUUGGUCUUGUGAUGAUUUUUUUUGGGGGGGGGUUCUUGUGACUGCUUAUAAGGGAUCUCAACUACAAUAUUGGAAAACGAGAGUUUUUCUGAAUGCUCGCUAGCAUUGCAUCUGCCAUGAAGCAGGGGAUGCAUCCAGUUUUGCGAGGAGAAUAUACAUGAUACUACAUACUUAGUGCAUUCAUCUAACAACUUUUAAUCUGAUUUUGGGGCUACUUUCUGA